AUUUUUGAAAGAUUCGAAGUUCGCACCCAAGAAAUUUAGAAGAUGUCAAUUAUAAAUCUGAGUAAUUUGUCGCAAGAUGACCCAUUAUCAAAAUCCAAAAUUCUGACCGCGAACACUUCCCUCUUUGCCAUGGAGAGCAAUAAGCUGUAUAAAGAGAUGUUGAACCAGGACCCUUCAGAGUUCAUAAACAAGCCCAUUAGUAAAAUUGAGUUGAACCCAGAUAAAGGCGCAAACAUUUCAGAUACCUCUUCAGAUGUUUCCUUCGAAAUCAUUGAUAUAGAGGUAGACCAAGAGACAGACCAGAUGGACCUAGUCGAGCCGAUAACUAUAAAAGAAUACCGUAGGAUCUCCUUUAUCAAAACCAGCAAGGAAGAAAUCAACUCUCAAGAGAAUCCUAUUGAUGCAUUAAUGAAAGAAGAUGAGAAGAAUUAUAUAGAUUCAUGAUCAACUUCUGGAAUGAGUUCUCAAAGUCUAAAAUCCGAGGUGGAGGCAAAGCAGCUUUCUCAAGAAUCUCAUAAAAGUGAACCAAUUUUCUUAUCAGACAGUGGUACUGACUCUGAAGAAAUAAGUGAUGAUCUGCUUCCUUGUAAGAGAGAAUCCCUUCUAAGAUACAACAUUGACCCAAAGAUUUUCAAGUAUGGCGGGUAUAUCAAAGAGAAUGAUAGCUCCGAUGAACUUAGAAGUACUUGUCAAGAUUCUGACUUCUCCUCAAAAGUGCCUUAUUUCCUGCCAUAUGAAGAGGACAACUCUUCAGGGAUAAAUCCAUAUGAAAUCUCACAUGAGGUAUUCCAAGACUUUAUGGUUAAACUUCAAUCUUUAACUGAGCCUCAUCGUCAACGAAUCUUAGACCUGAUGCAGCAGAAAAACUUGAAAUAUCUUGAGAAAAUGGGGCAGAAUACUUUCUGUGGAAAAGGAUUUUGAUAUGAAGAAAUCACUCCCAUAAAAAUUCAGUGCUUAAAAGAAGAAACAUUUAUUGCUCUUGGAUAUUCAAUGGAGUACAAUGCAGAAAUUAUAUACAAAAAGAACCAGAAUAUCCCCCUUGAUCAGAAAGAGAUUAGUGAUUUGGAGGAAAUGAAGCUGGUUGAGAUCCUUCUUCAAGACCCAAAAGAGGAUAAAGAAGAUAAUGGAAUUAAAAUCUGAGCUAUAUGAUCAGGAGAUGAUAGCCAUGUAGACUUAGAGAUGAGUCAAUGAUAUCUUUGCAAAGUAACAGUUCAUGUAUCAUGUCAUAAAGGAUCAUUGAAUAACUUUCAUAAUCUGAGGUGGAAAUGGUUCUGUGAAAGAUGAACUUACCAUCGACCUGAUCUGUCCCAAUUCAGUCAGUUACUUACCAGUACCUUAUAUUCUCCAUUUGAACAUCUAACUAGAAGCCAAAAGAUCCAGAACAUGACUUGAAUAUUAUGCAAUAGACGGACAGGAGUGUUGAUAUUCUUCCUUGAACAUGGGUUUAUUCACAUUACUUGUGCACAGAAAUCACCUAAUUAUUCCCUCUCAGACUCUCAUUUAAACCUUACUACUUGCGAAAUCGACGAGUCUAAUGCUGUAGCAAAUGUUUAAAAUACCUUUGCAGCCUGAAAACUUAAAAAAUAAGUCUGUAAAAUGUCUAAACAGCCUCACAAAAUACAGUUCAUCAAGAUCUAGCGUAAACACACAAGAAUUCAGCUUAAAUUCAUGUGACUGCAGUUCAGAUUUAUCACAAACCAGCUCAAACUUAUCAGAAUCCACCUAUUCGAAAUACUGAGAGUCCUCCACAGAACAUCAAGCUAGCCAAACCAAACCUCCUCCAGACUACGACAAUGAUAAGUCAACCCACCCUACUUACUCUUUCAACCACACCUUCCGUCAAAAAUCGAAGCCAUUCUUUAAAUCUCUCUUUAACGAUUCCCAGAUAUUCUAUUUACAUCCUUCGAUCCAGAAGUUUAAUGACUACUCAGAGAAAGCUACCUUCGAUGAUUUUAUGAGGCAUUUUUAUGCAUUCUGAAGCAGAAGAGGUUUAGCCACUCUAAAUAAAAAGUGGCUUCAUUACGACUUUAGGUCACGGCCAGAUCUCCAAGAGAUCCUUGGAAUUGAUAAAUUCAGAGCUUGUGAAUUCCCUGAGGUUAUCAGUAAGUUCUGAUACAAGAGAAACGAAUAUCAAGCCCUAAUUAAGCAACGCAAGAAUGAGUACAGCAAAAAUGAGUACAACAAGAUAGAGGAGGAUCAAGAGGAGAGCCAGAACCAAGACCAGGACCAAGAUAUGUCCGAACAAAAACUUUCUGAGAUAGAAAUAACUAUUA